AUGACAUCGCUCAUAGACACUAGGCUGGAUGACUUUGGUCGAAUGUCAGACAUUGAUGCGACCGGUUUGUUUGGGGCGGCAUUUCCAUCGGAGCUGGUGCAUCUGCAGAAUGCAAGUCCUACUGUAGAGACUACCACAGCGACUCCGAUCGGUCGUUUGGGAAAGAAUGAAAAUGAAACACCCUCGACGGUCCUCUAUGGGGAGAACUUUGCAGAAGUUAACCGGACGGUUGUCAGCAUGUUAGCGGUCAAGUGGCUCCUCGCAGAUGACUAUUCAACCUUCACUGCUGGUCAAAAAGAGGAUGGCAAGCUCACAGAGAAUUCAUUCUGUCGGCUGCGAGACUUUUAUAUCAACCGUCUUCCCACGGAAGAGGACCUCCAUACGCUGUUGAUUGCUAUGGUCGUUGAUGACAUAGGAAAGGACCCCAAUCUUGCCAAGCAACUGGAACAGCACACUGGCGAAUCGGCUGGUGCAGACCACUCACAACUAGUGUUCAAAGCAGCCCAAAUGGGUCUCAUUCCUGCGCUCGAGAUAGUCCCAGCCACUUUAAAAGAUGAUAUUCUCGGCUGCCUUCAAAUUGGAUCCUCGCUGAAUAUCUCCCAAGUUGUACAAGGAGAGUGUCCUCCCGCCAGCCUGACUAUUUUACAGCAUCUACCAGGUCAAGGACGAGGAUUUACUCUGCGGGCUAUGGUCACGUUCCUUGAUGUAGCUGGUGCAGGAGGUCACGCAGAUACUCGCAGUUGCAUUGUUAUGACCGAACCCGUGUUUCAAGGAUACAUUGUUGCAAUGGAAGCUCUAGAUGAUUUUGCCAAUGGCCGGAUAUCCUCCCCACGCGCAUGCUACGAUCGCAUCCUUGAAUCUAGAGGACGCGACCUUCAGCAACAAAACUUUAUUCUCCCAUCUUUGACGGAUGAGGUGCGGGCACUCCUUCGGCUGCUUUGCAUGGGGCGUGUCACCACCAGAGAACAGGCUGAGCCAUUCAAGCAAGCGUUCAGCCUACUGUCACCUUCAAUCAAGGCAAACUUGGUGAAUGGACUCAAUGUGGAUGGCACAGACGAUGGACCUGCGAUCAUUCCGUACUAUGCCCCAGGCCUCCUGAUCAGUGCUCUCAAAACUACUGCGGACAAACCCGAUGAAGCCGUCAUUCCAGUGCUAGGUGCAUUCAUGCGAUUUCUAGCAAGAGUCUUUGACGGUUCUAAGCCGCAACCAGGAGCCAGUGGUGGUAUUGUUGAGCAUGACUUGUCAUUCGUGCAGGACAUAAUCAAGAGUAGGGGCUUUCGGGAUAAUCCUCAGCUCUUGGAUGAGGUCGUUCUCCCAUGGAAAGACCCAAAGCAACACAAAAGAUCCGAUCAAUGA